CAUUUCCCCGGGCUACUGCUGGCCUGUCCAAGCGUCUCGGAGCCAAGUGGUCAUUAGGUUGCCCACACAAGUCCGACCAGUCACGAUCACGGUGCAGCACCCCUUGAAGGCCUCUGUGCUCAUGGACAUCAGCAGCGCCCCCCGACAUUUCACGGUCUUCGGAGUGGGUGAGGAAGAAGAGGAAACUCUGCUCGGGGCAUUCAGCUACGACAUAGAGAGCAAGCCGACCCAGACCUUCCUUCUGCAGAACAAUGCUCAAAAAACAUUUCAGUUCAUCAGAAUUCUCAUGCAGAGCAACUGGGGGAAGUCAGGCUACACCUGCAUUUAUCGAGUGCAGGUUGAUGGGCAGAUAGUGGAAUGAAUGUCCUCAGCCAGGCAUGAGGAGACCUCCAAACAGGCUGCCCUGAGGAAUUCCUUGCAAAAUCUGGCAGAAAAACCU